AUGGAAGACUUGCGUGUAACCCCCGUACUUCCUCAGUUUGUGGCGCUAUCAGAGUCGUACAUUCAGUUUUAUCAAAGGCAAGAUGUGCUGCCUGAUGGAUCUCUCAACGAGGCCAUGCGGCAGAAGUGCCUCCAGGACCUAAAGAAGAGCAAAGCCCAGGCGGUGCCUGUCGACGACAUCGACGACAUAUUUGCAGCCUAG